UUACUACAAUGUGAAGUUUUCUCUUUCAUCAGAUGUCACACGUGUGCAGACCACAGGCUGUUUUAUAGAAGGACGAUGGUGGACGUCACUGCUGGUCUGAACAGUUUGACCUUUGACCCUGGAUCCACCGAGGAAGAGAAGACGGUCACACACCUGCGUGCACGUGCGGCUGGACUGACAUUUAGCGGGUGCGCGCACGCUCUGUACCUGUGUAAACUCGUCCAUUCACUGAGAGGUCACGGUGCACAGCAGGCCUCUGCCGUGACACCAGCAGCAGGAGAUGGUGACCUCUGUGUGGGGAUAGUGGGAGCAGGUCACCUGGGUAAACAGCUGCUCCUCUCCCUCCUGGAGAUGAAGGACAUCAAACCAUCGCACAUCAAGGUCUCCACCAGAAGCCCUGAAUCUGCAGUGGAAUUUGUCCCGACCGGUGUCGAGUGUUUCUUCGACAAUCGUGAACUGGCAGCGUGGGCAGACGUCCUGUUCCUCUGCUGUCUGCCCUCUCACCUCCCCAGAGUCUGUGGCCAUCUCCGCUCUCAUCUGUCAAAACACUGCCUGGUGUACAGCUUCAUCUCUGCUGUGCCCGUCACCAGAUUGGCUGAGCUUCUUGGACACGACUUCAUUCUUAAACCACAGUAUGACUUUGUGGGUGGUGAUGCUGCAGACGUGUGGCUCUCCUGCUCCUCUCUGUCCACAGCUUUGAAAGAUCCUUCACUGAUAGAGGCAUCGUGUCCUCUCACCACGAGCGGUGGGAUUUCUCUGGGUGUGAACUGGGUGUGUGCAGUUUUGUGCAGCCUGCUGAAUCUCUGCACCUCUGCUGGUCUGAGAUCCAGUGAUGCUCUCUCCAGGAUAAACAGACUCUUUGAGGGGACAUGGACGGACACUGUGCAAUUAACCACAAGUAGUUUCAUGGGUUCCUCUUAUGCAUCCUCCCUUCACGAAGAUGAGCCUUUUCCUUGGAUUUCUCUCACUGAAGCUCAGACCAAGAAGACACCACUGCUGAGGUUUCUGUUAAGUAAUAAACAUAUGCAGCAGUGCAUCUCUGCAUCAUACAAAUCACUGCUGCUGGAACAUUAGAAACUCACACUCUAAAGUAAACCUUAUAUUCUCACAGCAGUCAGUGUCCCUUAUGUCACACAUAGUUUGAAAAGCUGUAAUGUAAUAUGCAAGACUACAUUUGAAUAGAAGGGACUCUUUAAUAUAUUUUGAGAUGUGUAGGUUAUUUUUAAUUCUGUUUAAUAUUUUGUUGUAUGUAUAUAAAAGAAAAACUUUUUGUGCCACCAUGGUGAUGAUAGUUUUCAGGAUGUCCCGUCUGCCCCGCUCUUGUGGAGAAGGCCUUGAGGGAAUUUCCCCAAAAUUGGAACAAACAUUCCCUUGGACUCAUAAAACAUGUUUUUAGCUUCUUGAAUAUAAUAUCUCAUGUCUGCCUUUAGGGACAUUUUUCAAAUUGUGACCAGCUGUCGACUCAAACAUCAACUGAUUCGUUUCAGGGGUCAAGGGUCAAUCGUCACAAGGAUCUCAUAUGAAUAGAUGUGGACUGAUACUGCACUGGUUGGAGGGGGGGGCAUAUAUUCGCUGGGUAUUCAUUCUAGUUUACAAUGCGAAUAAAACAAUAGUAUUGCAGCAGUAUAUAGUCGGCAUAUUCUGGAUGUGUCGCAAAUACAGCAUAAAUGAAAAUGGUGAUGAGAACUUGUCAUUCUGAUGUUACUGCAGGAAAAACACAAAAGACAGAAUAGAUUUUUAAAAAACAUAUAAAAAUGAAAUAA